GAAAACGCACUCUAAAUUCUGUGGUACUGCUAUAAAUCUGUAUUAUUACAAUAUUACGGGAUUGUCCAGUAUAACUGUAGUCUAGUGUAAUCAUGGCUCUGCCUCACCAAGAAAUGGUAAAGACGUUGGAAGGUAAUGAUAUGGCUUCCACGGAGUCCUCUUCCUCGAAGGUGGAAGUAAGCGAAGAACAGCGAGCGAUAUUUGACCGAAUUGCCAAGAAUGAAACCAGCGAGCUUCGGUUUCUAUUGGCGCAGUGUAAGACGAGCGUCGACUUUGUGGAUGAAAACGGAAUGACGCCGCUGCAACAUGCAGCAUAUAAGGGCAACAAGGAGACAGUUCAAUUGCUGCUGGACCAAGGAGCUGAUGUAAAUUCCGGGAAACACGAAUACAAUUACACAGCAUUGCACUUUGGAGCUCUCUCAGGGAGUGCGGAAGUGUGCUUGAAGCUGUUGCUGGCCGGCGCUGACCCAAAAGUGACAAACUCGGUGGGGCGCACGGCAGCACAGAUGGGGGCUUUCGUAGCAAAUCACGAAGCCGUUGCUACGAUUAACAAUUUUGUUCCGCUGAAGGACGUCGAAUGUUACGCGGUGGAAGUGCCAGUCCCAGGGAAAGCAGUAAUGCCGGUAACGAUGUUGGAAUCAUUCCAUAAUUUUAUUAUGCAAGUUAACUUGCACCCAGUGCGCAUACUACUGAACCUGCAAAAAUACGGAAUGGUGGGAGCAGAUAUGAAAAACAUUCGUUUGAUCCUGGCAGAGAUGAUGGAACGUGAGAUGCAUCGACGCGGCGACGUAAAUGAGGUGAUGGCAUUCAAAUGGCACUAUUUGGGGUACGUCUUGGGCGAGAUAGUAAAGCAUCGUGAUUAUCUGAACUCUCGUCGGGACGCUAACCGAGAUGCCAAAACGGACUUCCUGGAGCUGUUUGCCAAACGCGUACUCAAACCUAACAAGGAUGGUGCGCUGGACUAUAUCGAGGCGCUGGUUCGUGAGUGCGUUCGAGAGUUCCCAUUCCGCGAAUGUACAAUCUUUCGCCAGCUGGUGGGCCAGUUGGCGCACAAGGAAAAUGUGGCCACUGCGCUCGACAUUCUUCGUGGUGCAAUGAAUGGGCAACGCGGGUUCCAGGACACAAUAACGAUUUGCAGUUCCUGUGGGGAAGAAAAGCCCGAUAAAAAGUGUUCAAAGUGUAAAGCAGUUCAGUACUGCGAUCGACAAUGCCAGCGUUUGCAUUGGUUCGCUCACAAAAAGGUUUGCGCCAGACCGUCAUCUUCUGUUUCAGCUACAACGGAAGCGCAGCAACCAGGUGGGGCUGCCAGAGAGAUCGACUCCGCAGAAAUUAGUGAACAGCUGCAGAACCUUGUCGUCGGUCAAUGAAGUGCGAACACCUUCGUCACCUGCAAACCUAUCUUAUGUGUGUCCCAAGCCCAUGAAUGUCGCAUAAAAUUAGUUCAAAACCAGCCGGUUUGAGAUAUUGUAUAGUGUCGAUGUGGUAAUGACUUUCUGUAAAGUGCAUUUGUAACUACGUGUUGUAUGGUCCGAUGAAUCAAUAAAUAAAGCUUA